AUGGCAGUCUACAUCGAGGAACUCAAUGCUGCCGUGAGGAAGGCUGUAUCUGGCGGAGGGCCAGAGGCCCAAAAGCGUCUGUUCAGAGAAGGCAAGCUGCCAGUGCGGACCCGAAUCGAUCUCUUGUUGGACAGAGGAAGCCCUUUUCUGGAGCUGUCACAGCUGGCAGGUCAUGAGCUGUACACUCCCAGAGACGACGUAGCGUGUGGUGGAAUCGUUACAGGCAUUGGUCUCGUUUCAGGCAGGAUGUGUAUGGUCGUCGCAAAUGACCCCACCGUAAAGGGGGGCGCUUACUUUCCCAUUACCGUGAAAAAGCGCUUGCGGGCUCAGGAAAUUGCGAAUGAAAAUCAGCUCCCCUGCAUUUACUUAGUGGAUAGUGGAGGAGCAAACCUGUCCAGGCAGGACGAGGUGUUCCCGGACAAGCUACACUUCGGUCGCAUAUUCUUCAAUCAGGCCACUAUGUCCUCUCAAGGAAUUCCCCAAAUUGCCGUAGUCCUCGGCAGCUGCACAGCAGGAGGAGCCUAUGUACCUGCCAUGGCAGAUGAAGCGAUCCUCUUAAAAGGGAGGGGUGCUAUUUUCCUUGCUGGGCCCCCCCUAGUCAAAGCAGCUACAGGAGAGGUUAUUGGAAGAGAUGAGCUUGGUGGCGCAGGCGUGCACUGCAGGAUAUCCGGAGUGGCAGACCAUUACGCCGAAGAUGAAAGGCACGCGAUAGAGCUCACACGCAGGGCUGUCGCUUCAAUCCCCGUCCACUCAAGUUUCCAAAAUGUUUGCGACAGCCAAUGCACUUCGGUUGCUUCACUUCUACGUGGCUCGUCUUCGGUGGGCAGUGGUGUCAAUGAUCCACUCCUUCCACCGGACAUACUGAACGACCUAGCGCCAUGCAACUUCCGCCAGCCAACAGACAUUCGACGCAUACUGGCUUGCAUCCUAGACAGGUCUGCAUUCGCCGAGUUCAAGCCUUUGUACGGAACAACUCUGGCAUGCGGCUUUGCUCAUCUAAGUGGAUUUCCGAUUGGCGUAGUGGCAAACAACGGCGUUCUUCUUCCGGACAGCGCUCUGAAAGGGGCACACUUCAUCCAGAUUUGUGCACAGAGAGGACUGCCUCUGCUGUUCAUGCAGAACAUCACGGGCUUCAUGGUGGGGAGGGCAGCGGAGCACGCAGGAAUCGCGAAGCACGGUGCGAAGCUUGUCACGGCCGUGUCCUGCUUCCCUUGGCCGAAGCUGACCCUUAUAGUCGGAGCCUCUUUCGGUGCCGGAAACUAUGGCAUGUGCGGAAGAGCAUAUGACCCGCGAUUUCUAUUCACGUGGCCGAACGCGAAAAUCGCGGUCAUGGGUGGCCAGCAGGCAGCUGGUGUGCUUCUGGAUAUUGAGGGGGCUGCUGCACUAAAAAGACAACAAAACAACAACCAGCCUUGGAGCUCGGAGGCGCCGCGAACACAAGGAAAAAAAGUCGAUCGUAAUGCAGUCCAACAGGAACAACAGAUGAAGAUGAAGCAAUCUGAGUAUGAGAGAAUGUACGACCUCCAGAGCAGUGCCAUUUAUGCUUCUGCUCGCAUUUGGGAUGACGGUGUUAUUACGCCUCAACAGACCCGAAAGGUGUUGAGUUUAGCAUUUGCGGCGGCUAUGCAGAAUCCCAAGACCCUUAUGAGGCAUGGAUACACGAAUCCUGCCUACGGGAUUUUCAGGAUGUAA